UUUUCAAAAAAAAAUUUAUUUGACUAAUCGAAAUGUUAAUUUCGGUUGCAUUAACAACAUGGAUUUGUAUAUUUUUAGUAUUAAUUAGGCUAUCAUAUUCAGUGACAAAUGAUGAAAGAUUGGAAUUAUUAUUUACUGCAAGAUCACCAAGUGAUUGGGCCGAUGUAUGGCAUUCAGAAGCUUAUUCAAGAUGUCGGAAUAAACUAGAACGACAUUUAUUUUGGGCCUGUGAAAAAGAUAUUUAUCGGCUCACUCGUAGGAAUAAUUUCAAAACAGAAUUUGAAAAAAGAUCAAAACCAUUUCCUUGGAUAGAAGAAAAUGAUGCAAGAAAUUUUUUAAAAGUACGGCGUUUAAAAAAAGCUGGCAAUGAAAAAGGAAUUACUGCAGAAUGUUGUACAAGAGUUGGAUGUACUUGGGAAGAAUAUGCUGAAUAUUGUCCAUCAAAUAAACGACGAAAUCAUAAUAAUCAAUAA